GCAAGGAACCGCGCCUAGGUGAUCACGGGCCGUGUCCAUCAACACAAACACACAUCUCCAGCCUCCUCUGGAACAGUUGUCGAAGCAUGUCAGCCCUCCUCAGACUCCCACUCGCUGCCCUUUCGCUCAUCUCGGCGUACGGGCUGUACCACUCCUACCAGUGCAUCGUCAGACUGCGGCAGUACGAAGAGAAGUCGGAGAAAGCAGCGCAAUACUCCAACACAGCAGCAGAGCAGCUCCAUAAGACGCGAACCACGCAAGGCAGUGCAGCUGUAUCGAUCAUCUUGUCCUUCCUCUCGGCAACCGCCCUGGUCUUCGCCUCACCCUCGACUACCACGGCUGUCCUCGCCAGCGCGGUAAACGUCGCUGCGACGUUGGCUGUGCGUGUCCACGUGAAGAGCUUCUGGGACAACAAGGCCAAGGUGCCGUUCACCACGGGGUACAACGAGGCGAUAUCAGGCACGGCAGAGCUGGUGAAGGUAUUGGGCGUACUGGGCGGCGUAUGGGCUGUUGAAUUGGUUGGGGCAGUGCUCAAGGUCUAAUAUAUGUAUAUAUGUGUCUGUGCUGAACGAGCGACGAGAUAUUUGGCAUCGUAAAUCUUCACUCAUUCGGGCAGCAACCGCGAUAUGACCCUAGAGACAAGUGGUCUGGUCCCUUUGUAGAUCCGACGAACGUACCUUUCUACGCGCUGAAUACGCCCUUGGUGCUAAGAAGGUGGCUCGAGAUCUGUGUUGGUAGAGUAGACAAACACAUAGCCCACACGCGAGUCACGCGAGUCACGCG